AUGAAGAUCCUCCUCAUCUUCCUCACUUUCUACCUGAUCUCAGCUGCAGAAAAAGACAUCGAUGUAACUGGAUAUUCUGGAGGAAGUGUUCUGGUGGAUUCUGGGAAACUUUGGUUCAGUGACUCUGAUAAAUAUAUGGCCAAAUUACCUGAGUGGAGUGUAAUAAUAAAUGAUAUGAAACACGAUAAAUGGAUUAAUGAAGGACGAUUCACACUUUAUCGAAACAGUGAGGGAAACCUCAUGAUCUACAUCAGAGAAAUAAAGACACAAGACGCUGGAAGAUACGCAAUUGAUGUUCUUCAGAACCAGCGCAUAUAUGUGACUGUGAAUGUGAAAGAGGAAGCUAAAGUGGGCGUGUCUACAGUGAGCGGUUCCUCAGGAGGUCGUUUGAUGAUCAAGUGUGAACAUCCUCAAUACAAAACCAACCCAAAAUACAUCUGUAAAGAAUCAGACAGAUGUUCAGAGAGGAAGAAUCCAGGAGUUCAGGGUGAAUGGAUGGAGAAUGGAGAUGUUUCUUUAUAUGACGACACCAGAGCAGGAGUCUUGAUGGUGUUUUUUAGAGAGCUGAAAGCUGCAGAUAAAGGAACAUACAGGUGUGGAGUGAAAGUAUCUGACUAUACUGAGAGAUUCACUGAGAUACAGCUGAGCAUCAGACACGAUGUAAACUAUCCAAAGCGUGUGACUGAAUCUGUGUAUCCUGGUGGAGAAGUCAACAUCAUCUGUCGGAUCCCAAAGGAGCAUAAAGUUCAUUUCUGCAAAGAGGAUGAUAAUCACAUCUGCCAAAGCAUCAGCUCAUCUAAAGUGACAGAAAUGAGUGGUUCAUCAGAGAGAAAUGAAGAGAGAGUUGUUACAGUGAGCAUCAGUAAUGUGAGUGUGAGAGAUGCUGGAGUUUACUGGUGUGGAGCAGAAACCAGAGACACACAUCUGACUUUCAUCUCCCUGAACACUCAAAUUCAGCUCAACCUCAUCAUGGCUCCAGUAGUGAGAGAUGAAGGAGAAUCAGCUGAGAUCAUCUGUCCUUAUGAUUCAAUCUAUAAAUCAAAGCCAAAGUCUCUCUGUAAGGGGAAGUGCUCCAUUAGAGACAGAAAUCCUCUCAGUGAGACUGUGAGAGAAGAGAAAGAGACCAAGACUGGCAGAUUGACUCUGAAUGAUGACAUCACUGCAGGUGUCUUCACUGGGACCAUCACUGGACUGACAGCAGAGGAUGCUGGGAAAUACUGGUGUGCAGUGACAUUAGAAACAGAGCUCAAUUAUCUUUACACUCAUCUGAUCGUCAUCAUGAACGAGGAGCUGAACUUGACUAAGUAUGAAGGAGACGACGUGUCAAUCCAGUGCAAACAUCAUGAUGAAGAUCAGAAAAGCUUCUGCAAAGCACAUGAAGCCUCCAUGUGUGUGAAGGAUGGAGUUUCAUUGGAGACGAUCAGAGAUGAUCGAUUCUCUUUCAGUGAUGAAGGAUCUACUGGAGUCUUUACUGUGAACAUCACUGAUCUGAGAGAAGAGGAUUCUGGGAUAUACUGGUGUGGAGCUCACGUCACCACUAAAGUGCAUUUAAAUGUCAAAAAGGACUAG